ACUAAAUGCUAGUCGGGGCCUAUUUAAACUCACCAUCCCAUCCACGACAAAUGGGCAGAGCAGUACAGCCAUUUCAACAUAUAAUUUGCCCUUAACAUGAAACUCUCGUUCGCCCUUGCUUCUCUUGCUUCUGCCGCGCUGGCCGUGGACACCUUCCAGGCUACGCCUUAUCUUACGUCAUCCAACAGCCAGUUUGGCAGUGGCAUUGAGGGUGCUGGUGUCGACCGUGCUGGAAAUAUCUAUGCCGUCAACUUCAAUGCCAAUUCGGCAGCUGCCGGCAAGGUCUCGCCUAGUCAGUCUCUGCUGUACCAGGGAACUGGUAGUGCUCUGUUUAAUGGCAUUCGGUUCCGGGUCGAUGGCAGUGGCAACGAGGAAGCCUACAUCGCCGAUGCCACCGGCCAUCGGGUGCUCCGGCUGACUAACCGCAAUGCCUCGGGCUCGUUCCAGAACAGUGCCGUGCUGUGCCAGGACCCGGGCAUUCUGCAGCCCAACGACAUUGCCAUUGCGCACUCCACUGGCCGAAUCUUCAUGUCGGGCAUGAACUAUCAGGCUACUGAUGUGAUUGGCAAUGGCGACUUGUGGACCUGCGAUAGUACUGGCAAGGCGACCAAGCUCGGCGUCUUCUACCGCACCAACGGCAUUGAAGUCAGCCCCGACGAGAAGACUCUGUAUCUAUCGGAGUCGGCCAACAAGGACUGGGCGGUCAUCUCGAACGUCAUUUACGCAUUUGACCUCGAUGCUAAGACAGGGGCUAUAUCCAACAAGCGCGUGUUUGCUGAUUUUGGCAAGCUCGACAACACUGCAUCCACUGACAUCGAUGGCAUGCGCACUGAUACCCAGGGCAACCUGUAUGUCACUCGCAAUGGCAAUGGCAAGGUCACCAAGCUCUCUCCGUCGGGCAAGCUCCUUGCGUAUAUCAAUGUGCCAGGAAUCAUGAGCGUUGGCAAUCUCGAGUUUGGCGGGAAGAGCGGCACAGACCUGUAUAUUGGUGGCAAGUGCGAGAAGGAUGCGAAGAAAGGGUGUGUGAGCGUAUACAAGGGCAAGGCUGCUGGCCGGGCAUUCAAUGACCUGCAGCAUCACUCCAAGGGCCCUGCUGCUCCCACAGCAUCGGCGUAGCGCGAACAGUUCAGCCAGAAUAAGCUAGUCCAGUAAAUUGUAAUAUCAACUUUUGUCUGUUCAGUCACUGUCGAUGAGGUCACGGGCCACUUGUGACGGCCGCUAUCCCUCUUCUCUUCUUCUCUCUAGGCUUUUUUA